GUUUGCUGAAACCCGCCGCAAUCAGCUAUAGAGAGGCUUUCUUCCGAAAGUAUUCCGUACUUCCCGGAGGAAACAGAAGUGGUCUGUUGACCCCAGGAACAGCAGCUGGAGUAAGGAUGACUCCAAAUUCGGUCAGAAGAUGCUGGAGCGAAUGGGCUGGUCCAAGGGCAAGGGCCUUGGCAGAAGUGAGCAAGGCUCCACUGACCAUAUCAAAGUAAAACUUAAAAACAACAACUAUGGUCUUGGAACCAGUGCCAGCUGCGAGGAUAACUGGAUUGCCCACCAAGAUGAUUUUAAUGAGCUUCUUGCUCAACUGAACAACUGCCAUGGUCAAAACAGCGGCAAUGGACCUCCACCACCAGAAGAGCUGAAAGGAUUCAGCUUGGAAGAGAAGUCCAAGACCUCCAAAAAGAGGGUCCAUUACAUGAAGUUCACUAAGGGAAAGGACCUGUCCUCCCGUAGCAAAACGGACCUUAACUGUAUCUUUGGGAAGAGAGGGAAACCUGCCAAUGACAAAGAGCAGGAGAACAACAGCAAUGAUUCUCAGGGUGAGGCGGAGAGUUUUACUCCUGCUGCCUUUGAACUGGAUACAGAUUCAAUCACCAAUACUGUGAAAAGUACUCUCACUAUGCAGGAGUAUUUUGCACAGCGAAUGGCUCAGUUGAAGGCUCGUGGACAGGACCAGAGUACAGCACCCUCAGUGGAGACCAACGAGACACCAGGUCCAUCUGAGGAACCCAGUCCCAUCCUCAUCAGCAACAAUGAUUCAGAAGAGUCCAGAAAGAAGAAGAAGAAAAAGAAGAGCAAAAAGUCAUCAUAUGAGCUGGAAGUGAUUGAAGAGAAAAGUACUGCUCCUUCUUACAUAAUAGUGGACGAUGAGGACCGACAGCAGGAGCGUUCAGGGAAAAAGAAGAAAAAGAGGAAAAUUGUUGAAAGCGAAGGAGCUACAAAUGAGAACUGUAGCUCCACCUCUGGCGUGGAGCAGAAGUGUGCGGAGCUGCCUCCAUCGAAGAAGAAAAAGCUUAAACACCAAAAAGAAACUGAGCUUCUAAAUGGACACGGGCCAACUGAGGAGCUAACUAUAGAAUCUGAGGUUGUUCACAAAAAGAAGAAGAAACGAGAGGAGGUCAACGAUGUAGCAAAAGAGAACGAGGAGGAGGUAGUACAGAAAAAAUCCAAAAAGGACAAGAAAAAGAAACGUCGUGAAUAGAAUGAAAUUAAUAGAAUUGCCUCCAAUGCAAUCGGGAACUUGAUACUCAUGUUGUCGUAUUAUCAUAAACAUGAUUAUGGGGGCCCACGUGUACGAAGCGAUUGCCUUUAAUGUCUUGUAUAGAUAUAGUCUAAUAACCUUAGACAUUUGAUAAAAU